UCGGCCACCGGGGCGGUCGCGGCGCUCGCUCCCCCCGCCCCGCGCUUACAAGACCUAAUGAGCCCCCCCGGGCGGCGCGGGGCGCGGGAGAGGCUGCAGCGGGGCCCGGGCGGCGGCCGGGGGCAGCCGCGGCGAUGGCGGUGCAGGCGGCCCUGCUCGGCACGCACCCCUUCGUCCCCUUCGGCUUCGGGGGCUCCCCGGACGGGCUGGGCGCCGCCUUCGGGGCCCUGGACAAGGGCUGCUGCUUCGAGGACGAUGAACCCGGGCUGCCGGCGGGCGCCGAGGGCGGCGACGUGCGCGAGGCCACCCGCGACCUGCUCAGCUUCAUCGACUCGGCGUCCAGCAACAUCAAGCUGGCCCUGGACAAGCCGGGCAAGUCCAAGCGCAAGGUGAACCACCGCAAAUACCUGCAGAAGCAGAUCAAGCGCUGCAGUGGCCUGAUGGGCGCCGCGCCCCCGGGCCCGCCCUCCCCCGGCAGCGCCGCCGAGCCGCCCGCCCGCCGCCCUCCCGGCGGCCCGCCCGUCGCGGCCGCGGCUCCCGGCAAGGCGGCCCCCCGGCGGGAGGCGGCGCAGGCGGCGGCGGCCAGUCUGCAGAGCCGGAGCCUGGCCGCGCUCUUCGACUCGCUGCGCCAGGUGCCCGCGGGCGCCCAGCCGGCGUGCGGCGCGGCGGGCCCCUCGGCCGGUCCCGGCGGGGCGGGCGGGGACGCUGCAGGGCCCGCGGGGGGCUCGGUGGCCCCGGGUGCCCGGAAGGUCCCGCUGCGGGCCCGCAACUUGCCGCCGUCCUUCUUCACCGAGCCGUCCCGGGCGGGCGCGGGCGGGGGCGGGGGCGGGGGCGCGGGCGGGGGCGGCCCGUCGGGGCCCUGCGUGAGCCUGGGCGAGCUGGAGAAAGGCGUCGAGGCCGUGGAGUUCCUGGAGCUGCUGGCGCCCGACUUCGGGGCCGGCGCCGAGGGGGCCGCCUUGCUCGCUGCCGAGCCUCUCGACGUGUUCCCCGCGGCGGCCGCCGUCCUGCGGGGGCCCCCGGAGCUGGAGCCCGGACUCUUUGAGCCCCCGCCGCCGGCGAUGCUGGGGAACCUGCUGUACCCCGAGCCCUGGAGCGCCCCAGCCUGCGCCCCGACCAAGAAGUCUCCCCUGCCCGCCUCCCGCGGCGGCUUGACCUUGAACGAGCCCUUGCGCCCCCUGUACCCCGCGGACUCUCCCGGCGGGGAGGACGCUCCGAGCCUGCUGGCCUCCUUCGCCCCUUUCUUCUCAGACUGCACCGCGCCCCCGCCGCCCCCCCAGGCGCCGCCCUACGACUAUGGCGCCGACUACCGCGGGCCCUUCUCUGGCCUCUGGAGACCCGACGCGGCCUGGGAAGCGGCGCCCGGGGAGGAGGGCGCGGCCCGGGACUGACUGCGCCCCCGGGCGUCCCAGCGGCGCACGGAAGGUGGAGAAGUGCAAGUGAUGGUGGAGAGGAAGAAAUCAGUCAAAUCAACUUCAGAACAAGAUGAAGAGGAGUUGGAAGGUCUCACCUCCAACCUCAAGUGCUUAAAAAAAAAAAAAGACGAAGAAGAAGUUGAGAGGCCUUGACUGAACCGGACGAGGCAAGAAACUAAGAGGGGGUUGGGGGACUGGGAUCGUGGCGGUGGAAGGGACACGGGGGACUUAUGUAGCCGCCUCACCCUGCUCCAGGUCAGUGUGCUUAGUGUGCCCGCCCCUUCCAGCACUGCCCAGGCCUUGCUCUCCACUCCCCUUUCAGUGCUUUAGGAAUUAAAGCCCAUGUACAAAGAA